CUCUUUCAAGGUAAAUUUAGGGACAAUUAUCUUUGCUGCGCAAAAGUAAUACACAUUUUAUGCGAACUUCUAUCGGACAUGGCGGCCACCAUUUAAUUUUUAUAAAUAAAGUUAGGAAGAAUUUUAGCUGACCAUAUAUUCUGUAUUUUGAAUUAACAUACCGACAUGAAUUUAGUAUCUAGAUAAACGUCUACAUAAAAAGAUGGAACAGAUUUAUCAGUACAAAAACAUGUACAUGUGUGUAUUUUUUUUUUUUGGGCUUUUAACAACCUGUACACGUGCAUGUAUCUUUGAAAACGUCAUACCCUGUUAUUUCAUUAAAAAGGGGUUAAAAAAACAACUUUCUACAUUGAUGUGUACAUUGUUUUGAAAUCCCUUGUUCAGUAGAAAAUGUUUAUAAUUCAAGUCUAUAACGGGGACAUCACUACUAAGUAUUGUUGAAAAAAUUAAACAUGCAUGCAAAUUAUGACAUAAACAAGCGUUUGAAAAACUUUAUUCUGUCAUAAUUAAAUUAACCAUAUACAGAUUCUUUUUAUUGUAAUUAAAAGAAAUAUGUAGUAAAAAAAAUUCCAAUAUUGUUCCGGUAUUCGAACCCAAUCAAAGAGGUCUAACUUUUUAUUUAUUGUUUUGUUGUAGAAACACAUAUAUUAUAGAUUUUUAGAAAUACAAUUGUUUUGAAUAUUUCUACACGUCAUGAUACGAAAAUUUAGCAAAAUUAAUAUUACAAAUUUUUCGUUUUUUAACUUUAAAUAAAUCCUAAAUAUGUACAAGUACGCCUAAGCUAGGUAAAUCGAGCAGCGGACUGCGGAGUGCAGUGUCGCUGGUGUGGAUUUGUUUUAUUUUGGGUUUUUUUUUAAAUUCGUUUUACAUAUCACACAGUUAUGGAAUUUAUGUGAGUGUUAAUCUAACAUUAACAAUUCUUAUGGCUAAAUGAGGUUGGACGAAAACACCCGUAGUGAAAAUACCAGACAACGUGCUUUCAGCUUCAACGUUUUUGAACAUGUUAAAGAAAUAAGCUAAAAUGCGAAGAAAAAGGGUAAAUCCCUUUGAAGAAUCCCAGCUUUGGGUAAAAACAGAUCCACCAGGAUUUGAAAUUGAUGUGUUUGAAAACAAAGGAAGAGGAGUUAGGAGUACUAUUCCCAGACAAAGGGGAGACUUUUUACUAGUGUAUUCAGGACAAAUUAUAUCCAAAAAAGAGGGCGAGAGAAGAGAGAGAAAAAAAUCAUCAGGAUACCGAUAUUUUUACAGAGAUUUAUGCAUUGAUGCAACAAAAGACGAUGGAAGAUUAUGUAGACUCAUCAAUCAUGGGACUAAAAAAGAGAUAAACUGCAAAAUGAAACUCUGUGGGGAUUGUCUUUGUCUUUUUGCUACAAGAGACAUCCAGCAAGGAGAAGAACUGUUGUACGAUUAUGGGUUAAAAUCUUACCCAUGGAAUUCCAAUUUGACUUUGGUAAAGAGGAUAUUCAGGUGGAAGACACUUCUCGCAUUGACCCACCAUUCCUCAAUAGCGCUUCCUGUGGAAAAGUUGCUGCUGAAGAUGAUAUUCAGAUGGAAGACACUUCUCGAAUUGACCCACCGUUCCUCAAUAGCGCUUCCGGUGGACAAGUUGCUGAUGAAGAUGAUACGCAGUAGGAAGGCACUUCUUGCAUUGACCCACCAUUCCUCAAUAGCUCUUCCCGUGGACAAGUUGCUGGUAUCUGAAGAUGAUAUUGAGAUGGAAGACACUUCUCGAAUUGACCCACCAUUCCUCAAUAGCGCUUCAUGUGGACAAGUUGCUGGUAAAGAGGAUAUUCAGGUGGAAGACACCUCUCGCAUUGACCCACCAUUCCUCAAUAGCUCUUCCUGUGGACAAGUUGCUGCUGAAGAUGAUAUUGAGAUGGAGGACACUUCUCGAAUCGACCCAUCAUUCCUCAAUAGCGCUUCCUGUGGACAAGUUGCUGAUGGAGAGGAUACUCAGUUGGAAAACACUUCUCGCAUUGACCCACCGUUCCUCAAUAGCACUUCCGGUGGACAAGUUGCUGGUAAAGAGGAUAUUCAGGUGGAAGACACUUCUUGUAAUGACCCACCAUUCCUCAAUAGCGCUUCCUGUGGACAAGUUGCUGAUGAAGAGGAUACUCAGGUGGAAGACACUUCUUGCAUUGACCCACCAUUCCUCAAUAGCGCUUCCUGUGGACAAGUUGAUGAUGAAGAUGAUACUCAGGUGGAAGACACUUCUCGCAUUGACCCAACAUUCCUCAAUAGCGCUUCCGGUGGACAAGUUGCUGCUGAAGAUGAUAUUCAGGUGGAAGACACUUCUCGAAUCGACCCACCGUUCCUCAAUAGCGCUUCCUGUGGACAAGUUGCUGGUAAAGAGGAUAUUCAGGUGGAAGACACCUCUUGCAUUGACCCACCAUUCCUCAAUAGCUCUUCCUGUGGACAAGUUGCUGCAGAAGAAGACAAUGGAACUACUGGUAGUCAGCUUGAUGACAUUCAUAUAAUAGUGUCGGGCAAGUCCACUCUGGCAGAAAAGCUGCAGGUGAUGUUGAAAAAAAGGCUAAUGAAGACACACCAAAUAAUGAAAACUCUGCCUGGAUUCCCAAGAAAGAUGAUGGUGACAUUGGAGAGGAUAGUGAAGAAAUGCAGUGUUAUGAAGAGGAUGGUGCCUAUGCUUAUGAUGACAGUGAUGAGAAUAUGGAAGACCCAGACUGGAUUCCAGGGAAAAGCGAUGAAGAUGAUGAUGGAAAAAACAAUGAAGAUAAUGAUAUAACAGAAACUGAAGAUUUAGUUGGAGCAUUUGUUGUUGGAAUGCGUGAAAAGAACAAACAGGACAUUGCACAGGAUUGGAUCCCUGGAACCAGUGAAGAAGAUGAUGACAAUGAUGAUGAUUUUGAAAAUGAAGUCGU